UGAGACGGUGGCGGAAUGCUGCUGCCCACAGAAGGUGUAGAUGGGGGUAAUUUCAUGGAACCUGCUGCUCACGUCACAGCAGCUUCCUGCACCAGUUACCCUGCCGGGACUCACAACUUAACAGACUGCUUUCCUGAGCCGUGGUCGGUUUGGAGGGACAGCACUUUAAAUCCUGCCUGGGUUGCCCCCAACCUUCUGGUCCAUCUUCAGACCCAGCAGGAGGUGAAAAUGAAAAUGACGGGGAUGGCUUUGCACGUAAUCCGGAACGAUGGCAUCCUGGCCCUCUACAAUGGCCUGAGCGCCUCGCUGUGCCGGCAGCUCACCUACUCACUGACCCGCUUCGCUAUUUAUGAGACAGUGAGGGACCGGCUGGCCAGAGGAAACACCGGCUCCCUCCCCUUCUACCAGAAAGUUCUGCUGGGAGCCUUUGGAGGUUUCACUGGCGGAUUUGUUGGCACACCGGCGGAUAUGGUCAAUGUCAGGAUGCAGAACGACAUGAAGCUGCCGGUCGAGCUGCGGAGGAACUACAAACACGCACUGGACGGGAUUUACCGAGUCUUCCGGGAAGAGGGUGUGAAGAAAUUGUUCUCCGGCGCCACCAUGGCAUCGAGUCGAGGAGCCCUCGUCACCAUUGGGCAGUUGGCCUGUUAUGAUCAGGCGAAGCAGCUUGUGCUGAGCACUGGUCUCCUGUCAGACAACGUCUUCACCCACUUCCUGUCCAGCUUCAUUGCUGGUGGCUGUGCCACGUUCCUCUGCCAACCCCUGGACGUCCUGAAGACUCGGCUGAUGAAUGCCAAGGGAGAGUAUCGGGGGGUGGGGCACUGUCUACUGGAGACUUCCCGUCUGGGUCCGCUGGGCUUCUACAAGGGCUUUGUCCCCGCUGCUAUCCGCCUGGUUCCUCACACCGUGCUCACCUUCGUCUUCCUGGAACAGCUCAGGACUCACUUUGGGGUCCUGGUACCGGCCUGAGACAGAGAACUCCCCCACUCUCAAACCCCGCCCAGAGUGGGGUGGGCAGUUCCCUGCACUAAAUCUGUAUCGAACAGGACAAGAUGGCUGCCGCUCUACCCUGGGGGAAGUGGGUGGGAUCUCAGGCCUGGGUAUGUGAAUUUGAGCCCACGUUGGCCCCCAGUCCAAUGUCCCCCUGCUCCCACGUGUCCACACCCCUUCCUUUGCUUGUCGAUCCUCCCUCAACUUUUAGGACAUUGGCUCCGGGCCCUAGGCUGACGGGAUCUGUCUGUGCAACUGGAAUUUGUGAUUUGACUUGAUGGGGGUGGUUCUUGGUCUGUGGACUCCCCCUCCCCACUCCACCCUACCCCUGGGGUUCCCCACUCCUUCGUUAAACAAGGAUCUCCACUACCUGAUCCUCGUCUCCUGGGACCUGAUGGUGUGAAUCAACAUGCAAGCAUGGUCUCUGUGUUGGUCUUUACCCCUCCUCUGCCCCCCCGAAGCUGGUGGUGCUUGGGACUUUGUCAAGUAUUUUACCACAGUGACUGCAACUUCCCUUUAAUUAAAGGCGCACAGCGCGGUCAGUGCCUUGCGCGUGUUCCGAGGUCAGUGUGGAAACUCCGGCUGUGAUUUGGUUGGCUGAAGAACGUCUCAGUGUGAAAGUGCCUUCCCGUUUGGAAAUGGGGCAGCCACACGGGCCCAGGGCAGGCAGGAGCCGUUAAAUCUGAAUUCUCUUUUUUUUUGUUGGACUUUUGAAACUACCACUAACUGAUGGAUGCCGGCGUUCUUAGCCUUUACCCAUGGUUCUCUGUGGUUUUAUUCAUUUGGAGCUUCCCCACCCUAUCUGCACGUCUCCUUUCCGUGUUUUUCCAGGCUGGCCUGGUCCUCAGCCUCUCUCCCCACCCACCCACUUGCCCAGAGGAGGAGGGUGCUGUGGGUAAAACAGGCUUCUCCUGGUAGGUACCGUACCCUCAACCUCAUGGUCUAGGGCUGCACUCGGGCUCGUAAUGGGAUGGGGCGGGCUGACAGUCUUAUUACACGGUGACGGCCAGUGGGAAUUUCAGGGACUGGGGAACCCGUGAGCCUGUCUGGAAGUGCUGGGUGCUGAGCCGGUAGCCGUGGGGACAUUUGGACGCAAAUGCUUAGCAGCAUCUGCGGAGAGAGAGACGAGUUAACCUUUCCUCUGGCCACUGGCUGGAGUUUUAAACCUGUUCCUCCCUCGCGGAUGCUGCCUGGCCUUGCUGAAUGUCUCCAGCACUCCUGAUUUUAUUUCGGACUUUUGGCAUCUGCUGUGCUUCGCUUUCCCCGAGGUGGAGGAGGGCACGUUUUUGGGUUCACUUUGCCCCUGACCCACGUCAUUCCCAAACCGCGAUGCACGAUUCCCUGAUGGUGUUGCAGUGCCGAUGAUGGUUCUGUGAUCAAUGUCCUCCUCUCCCUCCUCCAGCCUCAGCUGUUCAAUCACUGUCGUAUAUAACCCCCACUCUGACCUCACUGCCAUUUUAAUUUCUCCUCUGACUCCUUUAAAGCCCGUUAUAAUUGGAAUACUUCCCUCGAUUCACCUCUGGGAGUGGUCCCACCUCUCCACGCCAUCUGUAUACCUGAACACAUUGACUCUUCCUGUGGGUAUUGAAGGGGAACCUGUAGACGGCCAGAGGUGUGCACGACUGUGAUGGACUGAAGGGCCUGUUACUGGGCUCUUUCGGCAAGGAUUGUGUGGGACAGGAGGAGGCCACUCUGCCUUUUGAACCUGUCCUGGCUCCUAGUUAGUCCCACUCUCCUGGCCUCUUUCCCCCAAAUUCCUCCCUUAGAAAUUCCACCCUGUUUCCUCUUAAUCCCCUCCUGUCGCUGUGUGUGUGUGUGUGUGUGUGUGUGUGUGUGUGUGUGAGAGAAACAAA